CACUCCCUUCCGCGUUUCCAAGGAUUUUGCGUUUUGCCUGCAGGACGAAGCACAGACGAGAGAGAACGAACAGCCCCAACGCUGUGACGACGUCAUUGAACGUGAGAGCAUCGGCGAUCCAUUUCAGGCGAAUCUUUCAUUUUGAGGGCUUUAAAGUUCUAACUCUGGUUUGCAAUCUAAGAUGACGCCAGUGUGCCCUUUUGUCAAAGCUGCUCGUCCUGAUGAUACCUCUUCAAAAAAAUCUGGGGAAAAUUCAGUUAAGCAUCAAGCUGCGUCUGAGAGUAAGGCCAAAAAAGAUUCUAACAACUCAGCCGGUGCUUCACCAAAAUGCCCUUUUGGAUAUGACUCCCCAGCAAAAAAAGAGUCUGACAGCUCAGCUAGCGCUUCUCCUAAGUGCCCUUUUGGAUAUGACUCCCAAACAUUUAAGAUUGGUCCUCUUAGCUGUAUGAUAUGCCAGGCACUCCUAUUUGAAACUAGCAAAUGUGUGCCCUGUUGUCAUGUUUUCUGCAAGGCAUGUAUAUCACGCUUUAAGGACUGUCCGUUAUGUGGGGCUGAUAUUGAGAAAAUUGAGCCUGAUGCUAAUCUUCAAGGUACAGUUGAUCGCUUCAUUGAAGGUCAUGCUAGGAUCAAAAGGUCUAUUAGUUCAGACAAAGGAGAAGAAACAGAAGAGAAUAAGCCAGUUAUAUACGAGGAUGUAUCUUUGGAAAGGGGUUCCUUCUUAGUGCAACAGGCCAUGCGGGCAUUCCGUGCUCAGAAUAUAGAAAGUGCCAAAUCAAGGCUCAGCCUCUGUGCAGAAGAUAUUCGUGGCCAAUUAGAAAAGAUUGGUAACACAUCAGAAUUAUGCUCACAGCUUGGAGCAGUAUUAGGCAUGCUUGGUGACUGCUGCCGAGCUAUGGGGGACGCUAGUUCUGCAGUUGCUUAUUUUGAAGAAAGUAUUGAAUUUCUCUCGAAGUUACCAAAAGAUGACUUGGAGAUUACGCAUACACUUUCUGUUUCUCUGAAUAAAAUUGGAGAUCUUAAAUAUUAUGAUGGAGAUUUAGAAACUGCAAGAUCCUACUAUUUUCGGUCUUUGAAUGUUCGGCGUGAUGUAGUCAAGCAUCAUUCAGAUGUUCCAUCCCAGGUUCUAGAUGUUGCUGUUUCUCUUGCAAAAGUGGCAGAUGUGGACAGGAAUCUGGGAAACGAAAGUUUGGCAACGGAUGGAUUUCAAGAAGCUAUUGACUUAUUGGAGAAGUUGACACUGAAAUCUGAAGCCAGUGGCCUUGAGCAACGUCGACUUUCGGUGCUAGAGUUCCUCAGAAGCCAACUUGCAGAUAAACAAGAACAAGCCGAGGCAACAGUCUAAGAUCAUACAUACAUAUAUCUUCCCCAUGAGAAGGCAGGCUUCAGUUUCGGUUGCAUAAAUGUGUUUCUGUAAGCCACAUGCAAAAUCUGUAAAAUAAGCUCCACGAAACAGAGAAGAUCCUCAAUUCUCAUCUAGGAAGAAGAGCUUUCAGGGUAAAAGCUAUGUAUUUCAGGCCAUCCCUAAGUCGCUUUAUUAGAUGCCACUUCUGAGAUUCCACUCAUCAUGUCUAUAUCCUUCUGUUUCUCACCUUUUUUUUUUUAAUCGUUUCUCUUCUUAGUGUACAAGGGACAAAUUGUAUUUCGAUUCUCUGUGGUUAAUGUAUUAACGUGUUUCUGAA